ACGAGUUGAGCGGUAAGAGAGAAAAAGCUGUGGAGAAAGUUCGCACGCAUCCAGUGAGAGUGGAAGGCCCAGACCUUGACAGUCAGUCUUCCUCUUCUAGUUCCACCCCGGCAAGGCCAAUGUCAUCGUGCGGAACAGUAAAAAUGCAGACGCGGCAAUAUUUGGCCCUCUUACUGGUUUCUUUACUAUUAGAUCUAGCAAGAGCACAGUUAUUAUUGAAAAGUGGUGGUUCCGCUCUCGUGUCCGAUGUAAACAUCGCCUGUAACAGCAAUACUAUUCUUGUGACGAUAUCUACAACGUCCAACUUCAACGGUAUGAUCUAUCCUAAGGGCCUGUCCAAGAACUCCAGCUGUAUGACAGAGUACAGCGAAGCAGGACCGCAAAUAACGUAUGCCUUGCCUCUCAGAUCGUGCAAUACCAUGAGUGCAGACUUCGAUGAAGGGAUAGAAUACUUCAACACUGUGGUUAUACAGCCGCAUAGAAAGUUGGUGACUAGCCAAGGAAGGGGUUAUCAUGUGCGAUGCCGCUACCAAACCAAAGAUCAAACCAUUACUUCCAAUUUCAACGUUAGUAUGAUUGGAACGACACCUGUGCUUGCGACGGCGCCCAUGCCAUCUUGCACUAUGAAGAUUUUCGUAGGGGAGCCAGACGAUGCCAUCGUCGCAGAGAAUGUCAAGAUCGGGGACUUGCUAAGCCUCGUCAUUAGCAUCGACUUCCAAGAUGUGUAUGGAAUCAAAGUGACAAACUGCCUCGUGAGAGACGGUCUGAACUGGGGUGAACAACCUUUGAUCAAUAACGAAGGUUGUCCAGUGGAUGAAGACAUAAUGGGUCCACUUGAAUAUGUCCAUAAUAAAACUCAAGCUCGAGUCGGGUUCCAGGCUCACAAAUUUCCUUACACCUCUUCUGUGUAUUACCAGUGCAAUGUGAAGAUGUGCUUGAAGAAUGCAGGAGGAUGUGAUGACGUGCCUCCCAUCUGUGACGAGAGCGGGUACAACAUCCGCCGCAGGAAGCGUCGCAGCAGCGAAUUGCAAGAAAAAGGUAACCUCCAAGCCCUUCGUGGACUGGACGCUCACCUCAGAGAUAGAAGUAUUGAGGUUUAUUCUGGGCUUUACGUCAGCGAAGUGGACGAACAAGAAUCGAAUGAACUGCCACUGGAAUCCAACCCCAGCUCGAUGUCUGACGACUUUUGCGUGUCAACGAAAAAAUUCGCAGCUGGUAUCGCUGUGGCCGGAGUUCUUCUAAUGAUGGCCGUCAUGCUGCUUGUCGUCUGCAUCCUACAUAAGAGAAGGAGGAGGAAAGGAGCCUCUUCUGCUUCUUCUAUCUAUUCUGGACCUUACUCCAAUCACGCUUACUCUAGAGAUUGAAUCAAUAAGUUGCCGACCGAUGUAAAGAGUUGAUGAAUUUUGGAUGCGAUCUCGCUGGCUAUUAAUCUAUACUUGUACUUGAUUAAAAAAAAAGGUUGUUAGAUUGGCCUUUCAGGUUAUAUUUAUUGGGUUAGCUCUGGUAAUAUUUAUUUGCAUAACUUGGCAUUACAAGGGACAUGUUUAUGCAAAUGGCCAAUUUAUGAACCUGGCUUUUGAUUAUGCUAUCUGCAAGUAAAAUUUAAAAGAGCAUUUUUCUAUGAAAUAUCACAAAAAGGAUAUCAAUUUGAAAUGAAAACAAUCAAAAAGUUUUUGUCAAAAAAAAAAAACCGUAUUUGAUAAAAUCUGUUUUUGAGUGUGUUUUUAAUUCC